GUGUGGUUCAGUAUACGUAUGUACUUGGACAGCCUCAUCUUUAUCCUCUCGCUCGAUCGCUCGAAGAUGUCGAUCUGGUUGAGCAUCUUCUACCCGCCGCCACCGUCGGCGUUCGUCGCGGCCAUGUCCGCGAUCAUCUGCGCCUCCCUCGCCUACACCGGCCUCUCCGAGGUCCGGGGCAGGCACCUCCAGUACUCCAAGUUCUGGAACACCGGCCGGCCAUCCGACGACGCCCGGCGGGCCCGCAUCUCCAGCCGCGCGGGGAUGCUGCUCCUCUACACGCCCGCGCUCGCGUCGGCGGCCGCCUCCUUGGGCGUGCUGGCCGGCGAGAGGAGCCUGCUGCUCGGCCUAGCCCUGCUGCUCCAUUUCUUCAAGAGAGACUUCGAGGUUUUGUUCAUUCACCAAUACAGCGGCAAUAUGAUGCUCGACUCAGCUAUUCCGAUCUCCUUGAGUUACUUUCUGAACACGGUGUGCAUGAUCUACGCUCAAUACCUUACCCAGGGCGUGCCGGAACCAGCGGUGGAUCUGAAAUAUGCCGGGGUGGUCCUUUUCCUGGUAGGAAUCGUAGGCAACUUCUACCACCACUGCCUCCUAUCAAAACUCAGGGAGAAGGGUGACAAACGAUACAAAAUCCCAAAGGGAGGUCUUUUCGGACUGGUGAUCUGCCCGCAUUAUCUUUUCGAGAUAAUUGGUUUCAUCGGAGUAUCGCUCAUCUCCCAAACGGUGUAUGCCGUCUCCUUCACGACGGGCACGGUGUUCUACUUGAUGGGUAGGAGUUACGCCACCAGGAGAUGGUACCUCUCCAAAUUCCAGGAUUUCCCUAAAGAAGUCAAGGCAUUGAUUCCCUACAUUUACUAGUGAGGCAUCGAUGCGGUUCUCGGGCUCGCUCAAUCAAAUUCUCGGGUGGCUUCUGUAGUUUAGAACAACUAGUUUUUGAUUGCGAGCUUCAUCUUGUGAUUCGAUCCUACAAAAGGUUGGAAUUUAUGGUUGUCUACGGUGCAAACCAGAGACUCUUUAGUGUGUUCCAUUGCAAACAGGACGUUCAAGUAAAUCUUGAGCAUGGCAAAUCAUGUAAUGUUACUGUGAGUUGACGAUAAAAGAUCAUGAUAACGAAGAAAGAAAUUUAUGUA